AGCACUGACUGCAGAGCAUCAACAUUCUUCACUGAGUCCAUCUGGUCCCUGUCGGCACGGAUCUCCUCCACCCAGCCCAGUCUGCUGGAAGAAAAGUGCUGCAGCCAUGCAUGGAGACACAAGCUUUUUUAAAUGUCUCCAACUUAUUGCGGUCUUGUGGAUGGCGGUCCAGGCUGUCUCGCCUGUGCCCUCAGUCCCUGACCGUGUACAGGGUGUGGUUGGCUCCUGCAUGGUGAUUCCUUGCUCCUUCACCCCUGCAGACCCUCACCCCAACAGGGGACGGAAGGAGAGGGUGGAUGUGCGACUCAGGUUCAGAGGUGGUGGGCCUUUUUUCCCUCUCAGGAGCAUUGCUUUCAACAGCGAGAGCAAAGACCAAGUGAGCAGGGAUUUCCUCGGCCGGACUUUUCUCUAUGGCCAAAUGUCCGAUGGAGACUGCUCAGUGAAGAUAGAACAGCUUAGAGUGGAUGACCCAAAGGUGUUUGAACUGGCAUUGAAGAAAGGCAGUGAUUUACUCUGGGGGGUGUCAAGGAGUGUAAAUGUAGACAUCAUCGACAACCCUGAGCCUCCUGUCAUCAGCGGCAUGUUGUCAGCCAAAGAAGGACAGUUGGUCUCUCUGAACUGCUCCGUCAGCUACCACUGUCCCUCCAGACCCCCAACCCUGCAGUGGAAGUGGGACCAAGGAGCCGACCUCAACAGUAGCGAGCUAGGAGAGCUACAAACCCUCCACCCAGAUCCCCACAAGUGGAUGCUGCUGACUUCUUUGUCUUUCAUCGCAUCCCACCAGGUGAAGCCCCAGCUCUGGUGUGCAGUUAAAUAUCCAGAAACCAAAAUGUUAGCGAUGGUGAAGGACCUUCAUGUGACAUUUCCACCAAAAGAUGUGAAGGUGGAGGUUCAGACAUUGAUCGUUCAGCAGGGGGGCAACGCCUUGCUUGUUUGCUCAUGCAAAGCUGACCCUCCAGUGACAGAGUAUCGCUGGUCCUACACUCAACACGGCCACACUGUGCACCUCCACCACCGAUCACACAGUCUGCGAUUGUUGAACGUGACCAAAGACAUGAGAGUCCGCUGCUCAGCCAAGAACACCAUUGGUCGAGGAGAAUCCCAGCCCACGUCGCUUAAUAUACAAUAUAAGCCUUCCAUCUCACAUCUCUCUUCCACCUGUGUUGUGGAGGAUUCUGAGGUGCGCUGUCGCUGUUCGGUCGACUCCAACCCCAAGGCAGCUGUCACCUGGAGCGUCAAUGGGACUGUUCCACCUUAUGAUUACAACGUGUCUGUAACAUCAGAGCCCGACAUGCUCACAGUGUCUCUAAGGGGAUACAUGGACAAACCAUUGAGUGUAAUCUGUUUUGCAUUCAACGCACUCGGAAAUGACUCCCUGGUUUUGCUGCAGGGGGAGGAAGAUCCAGAAACUGCAUCUGUGGUCUGGAUCAUUUUACCUGCUGUGGUCAUCUCACUGUGUGUAUGCCUUCUGUCCCUGCUUGUCUGCUUCUACCGAAGGAGAGCUAAAAGACACAUCAUGAUCAGACAUCAAUCUGUCUUCCCUGAAGGACUAGGAAUUUAUCAGAACAGGAUGCCUCUCUACAUUAACUGCACUGAAGUGACAAAUAUUUACACUAAUGGAAGCUACCAGCUUGUGUACCAGAACUCCACACCUGUUUUUGUCCAUACAAAGCAGGUCCGUCCAAUGGGCCGAAGAGGUGGGGAGAGGAGAAGAGGUAGAGAUGUUGCAAGAAGAGACCGAGGAGCAGGUGUGGGACUCAGGGAUACAUCAGAGGUCCAAAGUGCUUCUCCAGAUGAUCCAGAGACAGCCAUCUAUGUAGAGAUCCUCUGAAUUUUAAAACAAAAAUUAAGUGGAAAUUGAUUCUCUAAUGUUUGGGACAAUUGUCCUAGUGUUACUCCCUGUGUGCAAUGUAUAUAGUGUUCAAUAGGAAGAGUUAUAUUCCUGCUAAAGUUUUAUUUUCUUAAGUCUGCAAUGUAAGAAUAUAAGAUAUUCUUUACUUACACUGUACUUUAAAUAUUCUUGUGAAUGUUUUUGUUUUUUAAACAUUGAUCAGUGUUUGAAUUCUAAAGAGGACAGCAAAUAAUAAAAAUUAAAC